AUGGAGAGUUUGAAAGAGCUAGUUCCUUCGGAAGGGAAUUAUGACAAGAAGUGUGGCUGGGAGCCGCCAUCUGACAUCGCCGCCCUUGGGAAAUGUGGUGGAUCCGGGGCUGGUGCAGAGAGCAGCCAGCUGUGGUGGGCAGCCGAAGUGUGUCAAUUGCGGCCGUGCGGCCAUCGGAGAAGACGGCGGCAGCCCUUGCAGGCGAGUCAGCCAAGUACAGGGGGCAGCCCGGCCGACGCUCGGCUCUUCCUGCAGCUCGCGUGCGCCACGCCGCAGCCGCCUGCAUGUGCAGACACGGCUGUCGCACGUCCAACAUUCAACCUGGUCUCUGCUGGAAGGGGCCUCUCUCAACAGGAGAGAGGGAGGAGGCUGAUAGAGGCGGCCGUGCAGGGCGCGGCGGAGCAGCUGCGCGAGUUGCUGGCGGCGGGGGCGGACGUGGGGUCGAGGGGGGAGGGGUUGGGGAGCAGCUGGACCGCCCUGCACUGGGCAGCACGCGGGGGUCACGUGGCGGCGGCCAGCUGCCUCGUCGGCGCCGGCGCGGAGGUCGACGCCAGGGAGAGCUGGGGGCAGUGGACGCCCCUGCACUUGGCUGCAGAGUACGGCCACGCUGGUGUGGUGCGGCUGCUGGUCGGCGCCUCUGCCGACCUCAACGCCAGGGAUGUGUGCGGGCAGACGCCGCUGCACUGCGCAGCAGUGGUGGGCCACGCAGAGGCGGCGGCUGAGCUCCUCCUGGCGGGGGCGGACAGGGGGGCCCGGGAUGUGUUUGGCUGGACCCCCCUGGACAUCGCCAGGCUGAAUGGAAACCAGGAGCUGGUGGAUAAGCUGAGACAACGCUGA